AGGAGAGAUGUUUUUUUACUUUUAUAUUACUAUGGAUUUUAUCUCAUAUUUUACUUACAAAGGUCAAAGUAUUUGAUCGAAAACAAUUAAAUGAAAGCAGUUUUCCCACUGAAUUGUAAUUAUGUGGAUCAAAAUCCCUGGAUAUGAAAGUUCAGAUGGCAGCGUAUCUACUGGCUUAGUAAAAUAGUACUUUGAGGAUUUACAUGAAAUUGUAACAAUCAAAAGUUACAUUUUUGACUUCGUGUCAAAGUUCAGUUGAGAAGAGUACAGAUAUUCGAGUGAAGUACUGCGAUGAAGUUUAAUCUACUAAACCCGUGCUUGUCCGCGCAGCAUCAGACGCAGUUCCUCUUGUGACCGUUAGAUGGCGCCUCACUCCUCACAUUCACUCACAGCAGAAGCACCUCCGUCCCCCGCUGUCUGCACAUCAUAUCAUAAACCGCUACCAUUACUGUCAGCGAGCUAACAACAUACCCUUCCAAAACAGGAUCUUACAAACGGCCGAGGUGUUGAUGGAGGGGCUACUGAGAGGUGUUUGGGAAGGACACUAUGUUUCCCUGUGUCUCCUCCUGGCCCUCUUCUGAUCCCCCUGCCGCUCUGGGCCAUGCUCCGCCCAUUCAGCCGGUACAGCCACCCAAUCAGCCACUGCCUGACCUGCUGCGGAGCUGUGUUGUGCUCCCUUCCCCAUCCACGCGCCUGAGCCCCUGUACCAACGAGAUGGAGUCUAUGAUUGUGGUGACAGAGUAUGAGCCCAGUGGUGGCUCAGGGCAGGAGGGCGGAGAGGAUGAGGAGGUGGAGGACAUGGACAGCACGGAAACGCCAGAGACGACGUUGUCAGGUCCGGUACCGCCCUUCCGUAUGGCCUCCUGUGAUCUUUUAUCCCACACGUUUGGUCGCCUGGAAGCGCUUUCCCCAGAACCUCAGGAGCACAGAGGUAGACUCAGCCUCUCCGACAGGAAGCUGUCGCUACAGGAACGAUCGCAGACGCUUUCAUCGCCCUGUGGUUCUCCAGGGCUGAACGGACGCUAUAUUUACCCAUCGCUGCCCUACUCGCCAAUCACCUCCCCUCACUCGUCUCCACGCCUCCCUCGAAGACCAACCGUGGAGUCUCAUCGUGUCUCCAUCACAGACCUGCAGGACUGCGUGCAGCUCAACCAGUACAAGCUGAAAGAUGAGAUCGGAAAGGGCUCCUAUGGAGUUGUCAAGCUGGCGUACAAUGAAGACGACAACACAUACUAUGCCAUGAAAGUGCUGUCCAAGAAACGACUGAUGAGGCAGGCUGGGUUCCCGCGCAGACCUCCUCCUCGUGGGGCAAAAUUGGCCCCUGAGGGCCCUCCUCAGCCCAAAGGGCCUCUGGAGCGUGUUUACCAGGAGAUAGCUAUCCUCAAGAAGCUUGAUCACCCUAAUGUGGUGAAGCUUGUGGAGGUGCUGGAUGAUCCAAGUGAGGACCAUCUGUACAUGGUGUUUGAGCUUGUCAAGCGAGGAGCAGUGAUGGAGGUUCCUACUGAUAAGCCCCUGGAUGAGGACCAGGCACGCUUCUACUUCCAGGACUUGCUGAGAGGAAUUGAGUAUUUGCAUUAUCAGAAAAUCAUUCAUCGGGACAUCAAGCCUUCCAACCUGCUUGUGGGAGAAGAUGGCCAUGUCAAAAUUGCCGACUUUGGGGUCAGUAACCAGUUUGAGGGAGCAGACGCCCUCCUGACCAGCACAAUUGGGACGCCAGCAUUUCUCGCCCCAGAGACCCUCUCAGAGACCCGCAAGAACUUCUCUGGAAAGGCUCUGGAUGUUUGGGCGAUGGGAGUCACCUUGUACUGUUUUAUCUUUGGAGUGUGUCCGUUUAUGGAUGAGCGUAUUUUGAGCCUCCAUCAGAAGAUCAAGACCCAACCAGUGGAGCUUCCUGAGAACACAGACAUGUCAGAUGACUUAAAGGACCUUCUUUUUAAAAUGUUGGACAAGAACCCUGAAACCAGAAUCGCCGUCCCACAAAUCAAGGUGCACCCGUGGGUGACGCGGCACGGCGCUGAGCCCCUCCCCCCUGAGGACGCCAACUGCUGCAGCCUGAUAGAAGUCACAGAGGAGGAGGUGGAAAACUCUGUCAAGCACAUCCCCAGCCUGGCCACCGUGAUCUUGGUUAGGACUAUGCUGCGCAAACGGUCUUUUGGGAACCCGUUUGAUUGGGGCCGCAGGGAAGACAGGAGUCCCGCCGCACCAGGACUCACGCUUUCGAAACAAGAGAGCGAGGAAGGCAUGCGAAGCAUGGACCUGCCCUUCGUGGGCGAGGAUGAAGUUCUUUCCUGAUAGUUGUGGGUGUCUUUCUGUGCAAGGAUGGGGCUGUCUUGGCUUCCGGAAGGCCAGGAUAUGGACCUGGGGCUGGGGCGUGGAUGGAAAGAUGGAAGAGAGGAAGAAGCUCUUGUUGGGUUGUUGAUGUGGAGGGUGCCCACCUGCUCAUGCAUGCUUUUGUACAGUCCACAGCAGCAUGCACUGUAUCUGUCCGCCCAGGUUUCUGCCAUCUCUCAGGACCUGUUUGCUGUGUGCGUGUGUGGUUUUACUCUCCUCUAUGGCACAGAGACUCUGCUUUACUCCCCUACUUCCGCUAGGGGGCGCCACCAGAAAGCAAACCAGAUUUUUGGGGGGAAAAGAUUUACAAUUCAUCACUCAUUAAUUAGAGAGACAUGCUACUUUAUUGAAGUUCUACAGAUCUUAAAGAUUAUUAGAACUGAAUUUGAAAGUGAUAAAAUAAAGACUUUCAUCAGAAAUUAAUUUCUCGAAAACAUCAGGUUUGAUCAAAUUAAAAUUAAUGAAUUAAUAAUAAAAUGUAUGCAAGUAUACAAAAAUGAACACAUUAAAUAAUAAAUAGCUUUAAAUACUGAAAAUCUUCAAAUUUGCCGACAAUAACCUCUAAGAAGUUUUUAGAAUAAAUUUUUCAUUUCUUAGAUUUUUCCAUCAGUCAUUAAUUAGGGAGACGUGCUGCUUUAUUGCAGUUUUACAGAUCUUGUUAGAUUUUUAGAGUUGGGUUUAAAAAUGAUAAAUGGAAGAAAAAAAAAAACUCAGACUUUCAUCAGAAAUUAAUUUCAACUUCAACUGAAAUUCUUCUCAAAAUCAAGUGUGCUUAAUCAAAUUAAGUAAAAAUGUUUAAAAAAAAAUUUAAAAUAAUUUUUUAAUAAUUCAACUUCUUAAAAUUCCUGGUCAGGAAAUGUGUUUAAUGUCAUUUAGGAAAAUUGCAGAUAUGUUCGUAUGUGUGUGUUUGUUUAUAUAUCAAAACACACAGCUUUGUGUUUAUAUUAAUGACAGCGCUGUAGAUGGUGAACAGGACCAAACCUGGAAACUAUCUCUCUUUUCCUUUCUUUUUUAACAACAAAGAGAGAGAUUUAUGGUCAUAGCAUGGUUUUGAAUAGUAGGUUAAUUAUUUAGUGCACAAAUAACCUUUGGGAAUGCCACAAAAGGCAUUGUGACCAUUCUUCUUGUAUGUACUUGACCCUUUUGACCCCCUUGACCCAUGAAGGUAACAGUUUCUUACUGUAAUUUCACUUUGUUUUCCUGUUUAGAGUUACCAAAAUGACAUAUAGUGGUUCAUUUCUGACUUCUUCAUGAUCAGAGUGAGUUCGUUGUCAGCAUUUCUAUAUAGGAUGCAUACUCUAUGAAGUUCUUGAGGAAAUACAAUAACUUUGUGCAAUCUAUGCAUGACUUUUCAUUUUAGUAAUCAGUGUUUGUCAGUUUUGACACAGAUAUAUGCCUUACAUUUUCAUACUCAUAACUGUAGCAUAGAUCAUCAGUACACGUGUGUAGAGUUUUUUGGUAUGCUAGAAUUGUAGAUAAAGUAGGAUUGGAAAUCUUAGAUAAGCUGUUCUAGACAGUGUAGAACUAUAGUAACUUGCUUAAGCUCAGUUUUAAAGUUAGCAAAAGUAGUCCAAAGCCCUGUUGAGAUUUUCUCAAUGUGCACUAUGGUCAUGUAUCUCCUGUGUUGAUUAUUUUUCUAUGAUUGUUUGUUUGUUUGUUUGCUCUAUUUAGCUGUAGUUUCAAAAUGUUGGCGUGAUGGUGCUUUUCCACCACUGAAAUUAAUAACAUAUUUCAUGCUUCCAUGUAUCAGGGGAGUCUUUUCUGCACAAGUAGGUUGAAUGUAUGUUGUUGGUUUACCUUGUAAUACUAUAAGUAUUGACUAUAAGUCAACUUUAUUUUCUUCACUUUUUAUGUUUCCCUGCAUGUUAACCUCUGCUGUAUUUUAUAGUACUUGUUUUCUGUGACUUUCUUUCUCUCUAAGACUUUUAUUUGAAUCUCUUGUGUAGGUACUAUUACUAUGCAUAAGAAAUCUCACAUUGUGGUGCAGUUCUGGACUGUGUAAGUCAGCUGGUUGUGUCUUCUAUUGGAUAUUGAAUGUUGAAGAAAACUUGUAAUAUUGACUUAAAUAUGCAUGUGCACCAAACGAAGCUGGUUAAACAAUAGCACUAUUGCAUAUGUAAGCGAACAUUUUAACAGAUUUUGAUGACCUUUAAAUAAUAUAUUCAGGACUAGAGAAGCACCGUUCCCCUUUUUUGAGUAAGUGUUUAUAAGGAAAAUCUGAAAAUACAUGAUUUAUCUUUUGCACGUUAGAAUGUUUAGCAGAAAUCAGAUGAUGCAUGUUUAAUGAAAAUUUUACAUGAAGGAUGAGGCCGUUUUCUGUACAUUCAAAACUAGAAGCAAAAUUCAUCAGCUGAAAUCAAAGACAGCAUUUUUUUUGUUUCCUAUGUACAGCCACUUUCUCAAAGAAGGACAUUGCAAACGCUAUGUUGAAUAGAGCUGUAUAUUGAAGGGAACGCUGUAUUGUAUAUUUUUAACUUCUUAAUAUCAUUCCUCACUGUUUCUGCCCAGUAUUUCUUGAAGGGCUAGAGUAAAUGUUUGCAUCCAUAUCACACUAGCAACUGCAUUUGAGCACUGUUGAGAGGGCUGUUUACAGCGAUGUUACGUAAAUGCAUGCCGUCACAAUCACGCAGUUUCAUUCAGCAUGUUUUGGAAGCAUGUUUGAGCUCUUUUACAGCAUCUUCUGAUCAUUGCUGGUCAUUCUAUAUAUUGUAUCCAGUUGAUUAUUUGAAUAAAUUAAAGUUGCCUUUA